UGCAACUCUGUGCUGGUAUUUUUUUUGGUAAAUAAGCAACACUGUCUGUCAGCCGCCUGUCAAACUGACAUCUCUCCCGCUCUUUCUUUCUUCUUCGAGCGUUCGCCAUACAAGAUGACGAAGGGUACCUCGAGCUUUGGUAAACGCCACAAUAAGACGCACACCUUGUGCCGUCGCUGUGGACGUUCUUCCUACCACAUCCAGAAGUCCACUUGCGCCCAGUGCGGCUAUCCCGCGGCCAAGUUGCGUUCAUACAACUGGUCCGUCAAGGCCAAGAGGAGGAAGACCACUGGCACUGGCCGCAUGAGCCACCUGAAGGUUGUCCGCCGCCGUUUCCGCAACGGUUUCCGUGAAGGCACCCAGGCUAAGCCCAAGAAGGCUCCGGCUACCAAAUAAGCUAAAUGCAAACACUCAACGUUUUACCGUUUUACAACAACAUCUAUAAAA